AAGCGAUCAACAACCACUAGACAGCUGGGAAGGAUUGUCGACGAAACGUAAAGCAUGGCAGCAUGGUUGUACGGACCACCCUGUAGCUGUCAAAUUAAAAACCGCAUUUGUUUGUGAAACAAGGUCCCACGUGAAACCGGGAAGUCGGGAAUUAAAAGUAGCAAAAUUUAAGCACUUUUCGCAUUAAAAUGGUGAAGAAAAAGAUUGACAACCGUAUCCGGGUGAUGAUUGAGAAUGGUGUAAAGUUGGGCCAUCGAACGAUGUUUGUCAUUGUGGGCAACAAGGCGCGUGAUCAGGUGCCGAUACUGUACGACAUCCUGACCAAAGCAUCGGUUAAAGCACGGCCGACGGUGCUGUGGUGCUACAAAAAUAAAGAUGAAGCUAUUUCGAACCAUGGCAAGAAGCGGGCGAAAAAGAUACAGUCCGGCAAGAUCGAUAUCAACGAAUCGGACCUGUUCGAUGCGUUCCGGGUGGCGACGACGAUUCAUGGCCGAUACUACAAGGAUACGCAUACCAUCCUCGGCAAAACGUACGGCGUGUGUGUGCUGCAAGAUUUUGAAGCCCUGACGCCCAACCUGAUGGCCCGGACCGUGGAAACGGUCGAGGGAGGUGGGCUGAUCAUUUUGCUGCUGAAAACGAUUUCCUCCCUCAAGCAGCUGUACACGAUGAGCAUGGACGUGCACAAACGCUACCGGACGGAGGCGCACCAGAACGUGACGUGUCGGUUCAACGAGCGGCUUAUUCUCUCGUUGGCCGACUGUUCGCGCUGCUUGCUGGUGAAUGACGACUUAACUGUGCUGCCGCUGUCGUCCCGUACCGCGGACGUGAAGCCGAUCGACGUUGCGUCGAUCGAAAACGUACAGAGCGAACAGCUGGCAGAGCUGAAGGAAAGUCUGGCGGAUGCGCCACCGGCCGGACCGUUGGUGAACCUGUGCCGAACGUACGAUCAGGCGAAGGCGGUGGCACAGUUUAUCGAUGCGCUGGCGGAGAAGCAGCUGAAACCGCCCACCUCGCUGACCGCCGGCCGUGGUCGUGGUAAAUCGGCCGCCAUGGGGCUUGCCAUUGCCGGAUCGAUUGCGUUCGGAUACGUAAAUGUGUACGUAACGUCGCCAUCGCCGGAAAAUUUGAUCACCCUGUUCGAGUUCAUACUGAAAGGGUUCGAUGUGCUGGAGUACCAGGAGCAUACGGAUUAUACCAUCAUUCGUUCGACGAAUCCCAACUUUAACAAGGCCAUUAUUCGCAUCAACAUAACGCGCAAUAAUCGUCAAACGAUUCAAUACGUUUCGCCGACCGAUGCGCAUCUGCUGAAUGCUGCCGAUUUGCUGAUCAUUGACGAAGCGGCAGCCAUUCCGCUGCCAAUGGUAAGAGCAAUGCUAGGACCGUACCUGGUCUUUAUGGCUUCUACCAUCAACGGGUACGAGGGAACGGGACGCUCGCUUAGCUUGAAGCUGCUGUCGCAACUGCAGAAGGAAACGAAUGCACCACUUCCGAUCAAGCUGGAGGAAUCAAUCCGUUACAGCCCAGGUGAUCCCGUGGAAUCGUGGUUGACAUCGCUGCUCUGCCUCGACGCAACGAUUGUACAGAAUAUGAAUUCCGGUUGUCCACCGCCGGACGAGUGUCAGCUGUACUACGUGGAUAGAGAUGCACUGUUUUCCUACCACAAGGCAGCGGAAACGUUCCUUCAGCGCAUUGUUUCUAUCUGCGUAUCGUCGCACUACAAAAACAGCCCAAACGAUUUGCAGAUGAUGAGCGAUGCACCCGCCCAUCAUCUGUUCUGUUUGCUAGGUCCGAUCGUGAAGAAAAAUCAGCUGCCAGAAAUUCUGGUCGUAAUACAGGUGUGCCUGGAGGGAGAAAUUUCCUCCACAACGCUGGCCAACUCGCUGGUACGCGGCAUGAAAGCGUCCGGCGAUUUGAUUCCGUGGAACAUUACGGAACAGUUUGGCGAUCAUGAGUUCCCGAAGCUGUCCGGGGCACGAAUCGUACGCAUAGCGACACAUCCCAACUAUCAACGCAUGGGCUAUGGAAAGCGUGCCCUGAAUCAGUUGAAGCAUUACUAUGAGGGAAGAUUUCCAAUCGAGUCGGAUGGUCUGGGUGAUGAGCAAGGAGGGGACGACAAUGGUAUCGAAACGAUCGAUGACGAUGAGGUUGAUCUACUGAAAGAGGUCAUAACACCGAGAAAGAAAAUUCCGACCCUGCUCAAAGCACUGACCGAACGAAAGCCAGAGAUGCUGGACUACCUCGGUACGUCUUAUGGUUUGACAGGCGAACUGCUGCGUUUUUGGAAGAGCCAAAAGUUUGUUCCCGUAUACCUUAGCCAAAAGGAAAACGAACUGACCGGAGAACAUUCGUGCAUCAUGCUCUGUCCCAUCAACUCCACCGUUGAGCGGGUCGAAACGAAUGAGUGGUUAAAUGACUACUUUCUCGACUUUCGCCGGCGUGUGUUGAAACUGCUGGGCAAGUCUUUUAACAAAUUUACCACCAGCUUGGCACUUUCACUGCUCGAGAAUAAGGCAGUAAAGAUGGAAGGAAAAGCGCUGACGCAAACGACUAUCGAUGAGGUUUUUCUACCGCACGAUGUACAGCGCCUGGAGAUGUACAUCCACAAUCAGGUAGAGUACAAGCUCAUCAUGGACCUGACAUCCGAUCUGGCGUCGCUGUACUUUCAAGGCAAGAUGAGCGGUGCACAUAUCGAGACGCUCCACAAGGCAAUUCUGCUCGGGUGUGGCUUGCAGCAUAAGACGAUCGAUAAACUGAUGGAAGAGUUAAAUAUGCCCAGCAAUCAGGUGCUGGCAAAGUUUUACGAUUGCGUCAAAAAGCUCACCAAUUACAUUCUGCGCACGAUGGAGAGCACGAUCGAGAGUGGCAUGGCGAAACCGAGCGAGUUGAACAUGGGAGAAAAUCUGGUCCCACUGAAGCAGAGCCUCGACGAUGAGUUUGCGGAAGAUGUGAAAACGCUGGAGAAGCAGCAAAAGAAAGAGUUGGCUAAGCUGAAAAAGCUUAACCUAGAUCAGUAUGCCAUCAAGGGUACGGACGAAGAGUGGAGCAAAGUUCUAUCGAGCAACAAAUCAACGAUAGUGUCUAUCAAAAGUGGAGAAAAGCGGCUGAACGAGAAUGCCGACGAUUCGAUGAGUGCCGAAACAGGCGAUGUUUCCGCAUUUCAAAAGAAGAAAGCCAAGUUCGGCAAAAAACAAAAGUCUCGCAAUAAUAAGGGCUAAUAUCCGGGAUUUGAUAAAAUUAUAAGGUAUAAAGUUUAAAAAAGCUUAAUAAAUCAACACAUGUUACAAACUUUAAAA